AUGCCUUCUCUCCGUAACACUCUCUUCGGCCUUUUGGCUGCGUCACUUUCAUCCACGGUCGCAGCCGAGCACCUUCGCGUUGUUUGGUCCCAAGGCGAUUUCUCAACCAUCUCCGGACCCAGCGGCGGAAGUCAAAGCGGCCACAGCUCCGGUUUCACAAUCCUCAAAGACGACGGCACUGCCAUCUACAGCAAGGCAUAUCCCGCCGACCACUCUCCCUGCUACAACACCGGAGAUGGACGCGAGUUCACAUUCGGCGGAGAUUGCUGGACCAAAGAGCGCAAGUUCCGCUGCAAGUCCUCGUUUGCUGGUGACCCUGAGUCAUGCGAGGUCAAGGACCAGGAUGGAAACAGUCUUGGUACAGGAGAGGGCAAGACUGACACGACCUUCAUUGGCAUCGCUAUCGCGCAAGACUCUGCGUGUGUUGUUGAGUUUGAUACUGAUGACGAUGAGGAUUGCCCUAAGGAUGAGGACAACAACUUGGGCGUUAGAUCUGGUUAG